AGGGGGGAAUGGCAGGAGAAAUACUUGUAGGUGCCGCACAGGCUCAACGGGAUGCUGACUGGGUUUAGCUUCUUCUUUUCCCAGCACUGUUGUACCAGACCGGCAGAAUCCACCAAGGUCCUCUCUCUGACUACCUCUCCGGAAAGAGGCCUCAGCGCCCGCGCGACACAACCCCGUUUUCUGUCCCACAGAGCCCAAGGAGAGGCCGAAGCCGAGACGAUGCCUGGGAAGCUGAAGGUGAAAAUCGUGGCCGGGCGCCAUUUGCCAGUGAUGGACCGUGCUAGUGACCUGACUGAUGCCUUCGUGGAGGUAAAAUUUGGUAAUACCACCUUUAAAACAGAUGUAUACCUCAAGUCACUCAAUCCACAGUGGAAUUCAGAAUGGUUUAAGUUUGAGGUGGAUGAUGAAGAUUUACAAGAUGAACCUUUACAGAUCACAGUUCUUGACCAUGAUACUUACAGUGCAAAUGAUGCCAUUGGUAAAGUGUACAUUGAUAUUGAUCCUUUACUGUACAGUGAGGCUGCAACAGUCAUCUCAGGAUGGUUUCCAAUUUAUGACACUAUACAUGGUAUCCGUGGAGAAAUCAAUGUAGUUGUCAAAGUAGACCUCUUCAAUGAUUUAAAUCGAUUUAGACAGUCAUCGUGUGGAGUCAAAUUCUUUUGCACAACGUCUAUUCCAAAGUGCUAUAGAGCUGUGAUAAUUCAUGGAUUUGUAGAAGAACUUGUAGUCAACGAAGACCCAGAAUAUCAAUGGAUCGAUCGAAUUCGUACACCAAGGGCAUCAAAUGAGGCUAGACAGAGACUCAUUUCUUUAAUGUCAGGUGAACUACAAAGGAAGAUUGGCUUAAAAGUACUCGAAAUGAGAGGAAAUGCAGUUGUUGGCUACUUACAGUGUUUUGAUCUGGAGGGCGAGUCUGGGUUAGUGGUACGAGCCAUAGGAACAGCGUGUACUCUGGAUAAAUUAAGUAGCCCAGCAGCAUUCCUUCCUGCAUGCAAUUCUCCAUCUAAAGAAAUGAAGGAGAUUCCCUUCAAUGAAGAUCCCAAUCCCAAUACUCACUCAUCAGGACCCUCAACCCCUCUGAAAAACCAAACUUAUUCCUUUUCACCUUCCAAGUCCUACAGUCGACAGUCCUCUUCUUCUGACACAGAUUUGAGUUUGACACCCAAAACUGCACCUUACCCACAGGGACCUAGGAUUUACCUGUGUCCCAGCUCCCCCUCUCUCUCUUGUGGUUCCCUUCAUCUUAAAAAGUCCUGUCUCCUCCUCUCGGAAUCUAGCCUUACCCCUCAUCAUUCUAGCCUUGUCAGCCCAGUUCUGAGGAAAAGUGUUUCUUUCAGUGAAGAGCUGUUCCUGGCUGCUUCUGGAAUGGGCAGUGGUAGUGCUGGAAAAGAAGGGGGGCCAUUUAAAGCUCUUUUAAGACAACAGACACAGUCAGCAUUGGAGCAGAGGGGAGGAUCGCCUCAUAGGUUCUGUAGAAGGCGGGAAUUUCCAUUUUUUACCCUGACUGCAUUUCCUCCUGGAUUCCUUGUGCACGUUGGAGGUGUUGUUAGUGCACGUUCUGUGAAACUUUUGGAUCGUAUCCACAAUCCUGCCUUUGUCGGAAUUAUGGGUAACACAAGAUCUUACAAACUACUAGACUGGAAUAGUUUCAAUUCAGAUGAACCGGAAACUCGAGAUGCAUGGUGGGCAGAAAUCAGACAAGAAAUAAAAUCACAUGCUAAAGCCUUAGGCUGUCAUGCUGUAGUGGGCUACAGUGAGUCAACCAGCAUCUGUGAAGAGGUCUGUAUUUUAUCAGCAUCUGGCACAGCGGCUGUUCUGAACCCUCGAUUUCUGCAGGAUGGCACCGUGGAGGGCUGUUUGGAACAGAGGCUUGAAGAAAAUUUGCCUGCAGGCUGUGGAUUUUGCCAUAUACCAUAUGAUGAACUGAAUAUGCCAUUUCCAGCUCAUCUCACAUACUGCUAUAGUUGCAGGAAACAAAAAGUUCCUGAUGUUCUCUUUACAACUAUAGACCUCCCAAUAGAUGCAAUAGUUAUUGGAAAAGGUUGUCUUAUUCAAGCAAGGUUAUGUCGCUUAAAAAAGAAAGCACAGGCAGAAGCAAAUGCCACAGCUAUCAGUAAUCUCUUGCCAUUUAUGGAAUAUGAAGUACAUACUCAGCUAAUGAAUAAACUAAAACUCAAAGGAAUGAACGCUUUGUUUGGACUAAGAAUCCAGAUCACAGUGGGUGAAAAUAUGUUGAUGGGCUUAGCAUCUGCCACAGGUGUAUAUUUAGCGGCUUUACCAAUGCCUGGUGGUAUUCAGAUUGCUGGGAAGACUCCUAAUGAUGGUUCAUAUGAACAGCAUAUCUCUCAUAUGCAAAAGAAGAUAAAUGAUACAAUUGCUAAGAACAAAGAAUUAUAUGAAAUCAAUCCUCCAGAGAUAUCUGAAGAGAUUAUAGGAUCACCCAUCCCAGAACCUAGACAACGCUCACGACUUUUAAGAUCUCAGUCAGAAAGUUCUGAUGAAGUUAUGGAAUUAGAUCUUUCACAUGGGAAAAAAGAUGCUUUUGUUUUGGAGAUUGAUGACACUGAUGCAAUGGAAGAUGUGCAUUCUCUCCUUACUGAUGUUCCUCCUCCUUCAGGCUUUUAUAGUUGCAAUACAGAAAUUAUGCCUGGUAUAAAUAAUUGGACAUCAGAAAUACAGAUGUUCACAUCAGUAAGAGUAAUCAGAUUAAGCAGUCUUAACCUGACUAAUCAAGCUCUCAAUAAGAACUUUAAUGAUCUCUGUGAAAAUUUACUCAAGAGCCUGUAUUUUAAACUACGAUCCAUGAUCCCCUGCUGCCUUUGCCAUGUAAAUUUCACAGUAUCUCUGCCUGAAGACGAAUUAAUUCAGGUCACAGUCACAGCAGUUGCAAUAACUUUUGAUAAAAAUCAGGCUUUACAGACCACAAAACCACAUGUUGAAAAGUCACUACAAAGAGCUUCUACAGAUAAUGAAGAACUUCUGCAGUUUCCACUGGAACUCUGUUCAGAUUCGCUUCCUUCACAUCCUUUCCCACCAUCUAAAGAACACCUGGAGAGUGCAAGUUCUAACUCAGGUAUACCAGCCGCACAGAGAGCAACGUCAGUUGAUUACAGUUCCUUUGCAGACAGAUGCAGCAGCUGGAUAGAGCUCAUUAAACUGAAAGCUCAGACCAUAAGGCGCGGAUCAAUUAAGACAACUGUGACAGUUGAAAAAGCAAGUCCAAUGGGUGAAGGAAAUUUCCGGAACCGUUCUGCUCCACCUUGUACAAAUUCCACAGUUGGGGUUGUUAAGAUGACACCUCUUUCUUUCAUUCCUGGAGCAAAAAUAACUAAAUAUCUUGGGAUAAUUAACAUGUUUUUUAUUCGGGAAACUACUUCUCUUCGUGAGGAAGGAGGAGUCAGUGGUUUCCUCCAUGCCUUUAUUGCUGAAGUGUUUGCAAUGGUGAGGGCUCACGUUGCUGCAUUAGGAGGAAAUGCUGUCGUCUCCUAUAUAAUGAAGCAGUGUGUCUUCAUGGAGAAUCCAAAUAAAAACCAGGCACAGUGUCUUAUAAAUGUAAGUGGUGAUGCAGUGAUUUUUGUUCGUGAAUCAGACUUAGAAGUGGUAUCAACUCAGCAACCUACUGCCAACUGCCAGCCAUUAUGUACUGGAGAAGAUGUUACAACCUGAAGAAAAUAGGAAAGAAAGAGCGUGUCACCUCAUUGAGAUUUAUCUAUCUCCAUUGUUUUGUCAUUAUCGUCUUAGACAAAAAGAAAUGAAAUUAAUUUGAAAUAGUUAAGAAAGAAUUGAUACAUUAUGCGUAGAUUUUUGUCUGGAAUCUGUUGGAGGCAUGAGAAUUUCUAAUCUUGAUGUUUUGUUUGCCUAGUCUAUAUAGACAGGCCCCAUGAAAUAUUCUGCCUUCAAUAAGUUAAAAUACAUUUCUAAGUGAACUGUAGCAAAAAUGAAAGUUACUUGUAAUUUAUGUUGAUUUUAAUAAAAUCAUAAUUUAAAAAUGAAAUGGGAGGAUUAUCAGGAAACUAGAAUAGCUACCUUAUAUAAUUUAGAAAAACAAAGCAAGAAAGUCACAUAUUGUUAAUGAAUAAAUAAUAGAUUUGAGAAAUGUGGGGAAAAUGGAGAAGAGUUUUCAGAAAACUACUGUGUGGAUUUCUUAAUGUGUUUUAUUUUGAUGAGGAAUUUGGUAAUAACUCUCAGUGGGUAAGUGCUUUCAGCCGUCUUUUAGAAAGAAGUUAAAAUUCUGCAACUUGAUUCUGAAAUACCUCUAACUACUGUAAAAUAAAAAGUAAUUUAUUAAAACUGAUAUCUUUUCAUUGAAAAGUUUUAAUAUCUCCAAUGAGGGAGGAAAAUUUAUAAUAUAAUUUCAUAACUGGCCACAUUUGAGUUAGUAUUUAAUUUGUCUGAAGAGGCUUGGCUUCAGGUGGGAAGAAAACAUUGGUGAAUUUUAUUGAAGUAGUAAAAAUAUAAUUGAUCUAGUAGGAACAUAAAAAUUAUUUUCCAGUAAAAUAAUAUUGCACUCCUACCAAAUAUACAGAAUUUUAGUAGUAUCUUAGAAAUUUUUGGUAGUGAGUUGGAGUGUAUUUGGCAUAGAAUUUGGAAAUAUAAAUUGAAGGAAAUAUGCUGCAAAAUGUUGAAUGUAUACAUAGAAAUACUUUUUUGUCAAUGCCAAAUGCCCACUGUAAAUGAAUCUUAGAUAUUAUAUUUCUCCUUUGCACAAUAAAAAUUUCUUUAUGAACUCAUGAUUUUGUUCUCCAACAAGCUGCCCUAUGGAUUAGUUAUUUCCUUGUUAUUACAGGUGUCAAUAUUUUUCUGUAUUUUGUUUAUAAUUUUAUUUUUAAAAUAAAUUUAUAAAGAUAAA